GAAAAGCAGAGUUUUUUGCCUGAUUCUGACGAAAAGUUCAGCCAGGAAAAUACAAUUGAACAAUUACAUGGUUACAGAAUGGAAAAACUGCAGAAUUACAGAAUAAUGGUUUAAAAAGUGUAGUUAAUUGAGUGCUUGUGUUCCUAAAAUAACAUGGUUGUAUUGUCAACAGGCUGGAUAAACAGACAGGGAGCAAUAUAUGGUAAUAUCUGGCAAUAUCUGACAAUAUCUGGUAGCAUUUGGUGGUUGAUAUUAGGUACAGAAGGUGACCAGCACCUCUUGCCAACCAGGAAGCAUGAGAUGACUGUAAUGUUUGAGCUGGGAUAACCAAGAUACAGCCAAAGGCUCAGCGGUGAUAAUCCAGCUGAGAGCAGUUUUUA